UUGUACGUAAUGUCAUAAUAUUUUAUAUAAAAAAAUAGUGUAAUGGAAAAUCAUUCCGUUCGUAUAAACUAUGCGCUAACACCUCGCGACACAGAACAACCAUUAAUACACGAUAGCCAAACUAAACAAUACGGAGAGAAUAGUAAAAGGCGUGAAGAAAUACUAGUAUUAACAAGUGAAGUAAAAGGUGGCUUAUUUUAUCCCAGGGCUUUAUUAUUUCUAACAUUAUGGUACUUCUUCAGUGGAUGUACAUUGUUUUUAAACAAAUACAUAUUAUCUUACAUGGAAGGCGAUCCUACAAUUUUGGGUGCUUGUCAGAUGUUAAUGACCGCAGUUUGUGGAUUUAUACAAAUGUAUUUUCCAUGUGGAAUGUAUAAAGCAAAUCCUAGGUUAAUGAGACCAGCAGGUUUUUAUAAACAUAUGAUAUUGGUAGGGUGUACAAGAUUUACAACUGUAGUACUAGGAUUAGUCUCACUCAAUUAUGUAGCAGUGAGUUUUACAGAAACUAUUAAAAGUAGUGCUCCACUUUUUACCGUCCUUAUUAGCAGAUAUUUAUUAGGAGAACAUACAGGGUUAUAUGUAAAUUUAUCUUUAAUUCCGGUAAUGGGUGGACUAGCUCUAUGUUCAGUAAAUGAAAUCAGUUUUGAUCUCAGGGGAUUUAUUGCUGCUAUGGCUACAAACGUAACAGAAUGUUUGCAGAAUGUUUAUUCGAAAAUGUUAAUUAGUGGAGACAAUUUUAAGUACACACCUGCAGAGCUACAAUUUUAUACCAGUAUAGCAUCAAUUGUGGUACAAGUACCAGUUUCAAUUUUGUUAGUAGAUUUAACAACACUUGAACAUUCUUUGAGUUUUAAAUUAUUCACAGCAUUUCUUUUAAAUGGAGUGUUUUUCCAUUUUCAAAGUAUCACUGCAUAUGUACUUAUGGAUUACAUUAGUCCUGUGACACACAGUGUUGCUAAUACAGCAAAGAGAGCUUCAUUAAUUUGGCUUUCAGUUCUGUUGUUUAACAAUCCUGUAACUGGUCUAUCAGCAAUGGGAACAUCUUUGGUCAUAGCAGGAGUAUUAUUAUAUAAUCGAGCACAAGAAUAUGAUAGAUUGAAUAAAGCAAAAUUACGAUACAAUUCGAAAGUUAAUUUACAAUAAUUUUAUAUUAACGUCAUUUAAGAAUUUAUAAUUGAUAACAGAUUGUUAA